AUUUAAGAUAGAGUGACAAUGUCCAAUCACAGCUUAUGAUAGUCGGUUGUGUAAAUAUGCAAUGAAAUCGGGAUAGAACGCGUAGCUCGAUUUUCUUGGCCAAAAUAUCGAAGUGACGAGUGACGAGACGCGCCGUUAGCAGCGUUUUCGCACGGAGAGGAGAACCCUUUCCUAUUUUCUCCUUGAUAGAAGACAAUGGAGACAGAAAUUGAACAGCAGGACGAAGAGACCACAUUCAGCAACACUGACACUAACGGUAAACGCCCUGCUGAGGACAUGGAUGAGGAACAGGCCUUCAAACGCUCCCGGAACACAGACGAGAUGGUGGAGCUAAGGGUGCUGCUACAGAGCAAAAAUGCAGGUGCGGUGAUUGGAAAAGGUGGAAAGAACAUUAAAGCGCUUAGGACAGACUACAAUGCCAGUGUAUCAGUCCCAGACAGCAGUGGCCCAGAGCGCAUCCUGAGCGUGAGUGCAGAUAUAGAGACGAUCGGAGAGAUUCUUCUGAAGAUCAUCCCUACUCUUGAGGAGUACCAGCACUAUAACGGGAUAGACUUUGAUUGUGAGCUUCGCUUGCUGAUCCAUCAGAGUUUGGCUGGAGGCAUUAUUGGUGUGAAAGGGGCCAAGAUUAAAGAACUGAGAGAGAAUACCCAGACGACCAUUAAACUCUUCCAAGAGUGCUGCCCGCAUUCGACAGACCGUGUGGUGUUGGUGGGAGGAAAACCUGACCGCGUGGUGGAGUGCAUUAAGGUCAUCCUAGAACUGACGUCAGAGGCACCUAUUAAAGGCCGUGCUCAGCCCUAUGACCCAAACUUCUACGAUGAGACCUAUGACUACGGCGGCUUCACCAUGAUGUUUGAGGAGAGAGGGCGACGUCCCAUGGGAGGGUUCCCCAUGCGCGGGCGAGGCAGUUUUGAUCGUAUGCCCCUCAGCCGUGGAGGACGCCCCAUGCCCCCCUCUAGGCGCGACUACGAUGAUAUGAGUCCCCGCCGUGGACCACCUCCACCUCCGUUAGGGAGAGGGGGCCGAGGUGGGAGCCGAGCCCGAAAUCUGCCUCUUCCUCCUCCACCUCCUCCCAGAGGAGGAGGCGACCGGUUUUCCCACCAUCACGGCAAUCUAGACGACAGACCAAGUGACAGAAGAGGAAGACCCGGAGAUCGCUACGAAAGCAUGAGUGGAGGUGGAUAUGACAAUAACUCUUCUUGGGAACCCUUCCAGUCUGGUGGACGAGGCUCUUACGGCGACAUCGGUGGUCCCGUCAUCACAACACAAGUGACUAUACCAAAAGAUUUGGCCGGCUCGAUCAUCGGAAAAGGCGGACAGCGUAUUAAGCAGAUCCGUCAUGAGUCUGGAGCCUCCAUCAAAAUCGAUGAGCCUCUGGAAGGUUCGGAGGAUCGUAUCAUCACCAUCACAGGAACACAGGACCAGAUUCAGAACGCUCAGUAUCUACUGCAGAACAGCGUGAAGCAGUACUCUGGCCGGUUCUUCUAGAGGACAUCAAGCAAACACACAUACUGCCCUAGCCGUUUUCCUCAAGCUUCUUUUCCGAGUCUACAUUCCUCUGCCUCUUCAGUAGAUGUGUCCCUCGCCACUCUCCUAACACCUUAAAGAAAAGAUUGCUGGGGAGGAAGAACGAUCUUAAAUUAGCAGAUUGAAUGGAUCUCGAAUUCUUUUCCUUCUCUUCCCCUGUGCUUUGACUGCAUUGAUUUAAAUUUUUUUUUUUUUUUUUUUUUUGUAUUCUUGUUUUUCCCUGUGAUUAGCAGAGCUGCUAUGUAAAAUCCAUAUUUAGCCUGAGCAGAGCUGCAUGCCUGGUUUGUCUAACAAUUCAGAAUGUAAUCUUUGGUAAUUCUUUUUGUUUUUUAUUUCCCUUUUGCCAGUUUUGUCGUUUUCUUUCAAAAAGUUGAAAUGAUGACAUGCAAAUGUCCAGAGUUUUAAAAUCUUUAUUUAAUGAAUGUUUGGGUGGGGAGGAGGGAUGAAUAUGAAGUUAAAGAUGUUGAUCAAUUUUCCUUUUCCCCAGUUUUGAUCGAUUUGGUGUGGACCGACCGUAAUCUCACCGAUAUCAGGAUCCGUUUAAUCUCAUCGAUGCUUGUUUUAUACGUCAGUUUCUACGAUUUAUUAUUAUUAUUUUUAAACAUUUUAGACCGGGUCUCUUCAAAACACAGAUCAUCUAGAGGGAUUUAAAAAAAAAACACCUGUAAAGGAUUUUCAUUGCUCUCAUCCCCAUCACUGUUUUCUGGUUUCUGUGUAGAAUGUGCUGUGAGUCUAAGUAAUAAAGUCUGUGCCACUUUUUAUUAAAAAUGCACUUCUAUCUUU